GAAAUAUUAUCUCGAGAAUAUUCGAAGUUUCUUUUAUUGAUUGAAUAAAAAAUUCUUUCAUUUAACGAAAUUUUUUUCUCAGUGUACGUGGACACUUAGUGAGCAAUAAUUACCCCGGGCAAAUAAAGACAAUGCGAGGCGUGCUAACGCACGCUUUUAGUAAGGAAAGUUUGUCUCAAAUGUGUGUAUGUUCAUAUAUUCUAUGGAGAAAUCAAGUGACAAGUUUGAUCAAAAAUGACAUCUCUGAACACUAAUAAUAUUACAAAAUAUAAUUGAAAACGAGUGAUAACAUAAUUUCUAUUGUCCUCAAACAUAACCUUGAGUGAAUUUACAUGUUAAAAGUUCAAUGCUAAUGGACAAUCAAUGAACGAAUUGAAGGAAGUGGAUAACCUUUUCAACCUGCUCAUUGUCCUUCUUUAUAUUUCGAGGAUUUAUCACCUCGAGCGAUAGUCUAAGUAAUUGCGCGAUACCAUGAGUGAAGAGGAUGGAAACAAACAUUACAGAAGGUCUUGUCAGAGACUUGGACCUGACUCUUCAACCUCGGCCGGCGCCGCGCUACAAAGUUUGGCUUCCACUUGCAACCCAACAGCUGCGUCUAAGAAGUCUCUAUCAAAUCAUCGGAUUUAAUUUAGAAGCUGACAAAAAUUUUGAAACAUGUUGGUUCUACUUCACUCUUCAUCGUUCAAGUAUGUCCUCACCAUUGUAUACAAGUGAGCCCAUUGAUAAUGUAAACCCAAAAUGGGCAAGUUUAGAAGUGCCUACUCUACAUGCUACAGGUCUUGCUACUGCCAAUGAAAUUGUAUUACGACUGUGGAGAAGAAUAGUGGCAAAUGAUCCCACGACAGAUGUCACAGUAUUUACUUGGGGAAUAUCAUUUACUGGAUUAGUUUAUAUGGGACCGAAACUAUUAAAUAAUUUAGAUUCAAUACUACAUCACAAUUCUCUUAUAUUUCACUUACAUGGUGGCUUUUUCGUACCGUCUUACUGCCUUCUUCAUCCUCCUGAAUUUCGUAGAUAUCUCUAUAUGAGCGUAAACAACUCUGACAUAAGUGAAAGCUAUACAGUGAACAAAUUAAGCAAUUUAAGAAAUUUAAUGCAGUCAUUAAAACAACGAACUGAAUCAGUACAAGCUUUGAGAGAACGAAUAGCAUCCGGAGGAAGUCUUCAAUCACCAAAAUACAAACAAACAACAUUAAAUAGAUUGUUACAGCCCAAACGCAUCAGCAAAGAAAAAAAAGCUGAAAUUCUGAAGAUCCGUAAAGAACUAGAAGUAGCAAAGUUCCGAACAAAAUUAUUAGAGCAGGAGAGAAUAAAAAAGGUUGGUGAGCUGAGGACUUUAAAUCAGAUACAUUUGAGUAUCAUGGAAGAAAAUCAAGACCUGAUUUCAUUGCAAAUGGAACGGUAUAGAGAGUUGAAUAAAGAUAUCGAAAGACUUCGUGAAUGGAGGCAAAAUCAUAUACAAAUAAGAGAUUACUAUGUCCAAACUUUAGAUGAAUUAGCAAACCUAAGACGACAAUUUAUAUCCGAUUUAAAUAUAAUAUUUCCAAUACGACAAGAAAACGAAAAGAAAUUCACUAUUAAUAAUGUUCAUUUACCAGAUAGUGAAGCAUUGGAUGCAGCUAAUGAUCUUCACACAUCAAUAGCUUUAGGAUAUGUUGCUCAAGCAACUCAAAUGAUAGCAAAUAUUUUAAAUGUUCCUACAAGAUAUCCUAUGAUUCUUUACGGCUCAAAGAGCAAAAUUGUAGACCAUGUAAGUGACAGCAUUCCUGAUAAAGAACGCCAGCUUCCUCUGUUUUCACGAAGCAACCAUAAAUUACAAUUCCAUUAUGGUGUUUAUUUACUCAACAAAAAUAUAGCUCAACUUCGAUGGUACUGUGGUCUUUCAGCAGUUGAUUUAAGACCUACUUUGCCAAAUCUAGCAUCUUUAUUAAACAUGAAACCGAAUCAGUCAUUAGAUAAUUCUAAAAGAACUUUUUCAGGUUCUUCUUUAGAUACUGAUAAUAGCAAUGGGAAAAGUAACGUUCCUUCAACUCCACCAUUACAAAAAAUCCUUGCUGAUAGAGAAUUAAAAUUGCAUCGGUCGACGAGGUCGAUAAGCCAAUUUAGAAGUUCAAAAACUACCUUAGGAUCUUCUUUGGAUCAAGGUCUUGAUAGACCUACACAAAUUUUAGUUCUUGGAUUACAAACGAAGAGAAUCUGUAAGUCUGAAGAAAGUGCGAUUGAUAAUAAAAUGUUUUCAUUAUUCAGAGAUCGAUUGAGUGAUAGCAAUGAAGAAAAUUAUUUUAAUGACAGAAAAUCGGCUAAUAGGGAAAGAUUUAAGGCAUCUUCAUCUUCGUCGCCAGGUACAAUUGAAACAGACAUUGAAAUUACUGUUCCCACGUCUGUUUGUAUGACAACGACUGAAGAUCCUGCUCGUCAAAGAAGUUCUAACUCAAUAAGUAGCUGUGAAAUGGCUUUAAGUGGAUCUCAAAAUGAUGUCGAUAAUUUUCGUAUUAGUCCAAACAAAGCUACAUCAACGAAUGGAGAAUGUACUUCGCUGGCCGAAUCUUCAGACCCUUCGUUGAUUCGAUCUGUUAACAGUCUUGUAGAUAAUGAGAGUAUUUUAUCUAGUGAAAGUCUUUCUACUUCAGCAUUUGAAAAGACUGAUCGAGAGAGAAGUCAGGAGACUUUGAUCUACUUGGAAGAUCGGAAAGAAGUUAAUGGAUCCAGCAAAAGUGAUGAGCUUACUAGUAAUGAAACACUUUCUAGUUCUGUUGUGUCGCUGGAUGACACCAGAAACUUGAGUGACAGAGUUGCUGAUAAUCAAGAAAUUGCCUCGAGUUGUCCGGUAAACGCCGAAUCGUUUUAUAGUGACAGUAAAAGUGUCAUUACGAGAAAUUGGAGAACAGGGUCGAAUCCUAGCUUGAAGACGUCUACAGGUUAUGAUCACGAGAUGAAGAAGAUGGUAAAGUUAGUUCCUACAUCACAGUCGCAGCCUAGUGGAGUUCAAGAAUUAAUAAACGACUUCCAAACUUCAUCAGAACUCAUAGAUUCUAUUCGACGAAGUUCGGAAAAUGUAUUUGCAAGAACUGAGGCAUUGGCAAGCAAAACAUCUAGUUUUAAAGUCAUGAAGCCGCGUUCUUAGCACAUUAAUAAAUCAGAAAUUUGAUUACAAGAGAGUUAAUAUAAAAAUUCCUAAAUUAUUUAAUUUUUAUUUAUUAAUUAAUCUGUUCGAAUCGCUGUUUACAUAACGUUUUAUAUUGUUAUUUACUCGAAAUUAUUCACGCGUAAAACACCCAAAGUAAAGUUUUCAGUGAAAUAUAUUUUUCUUGCAGCAAUUUGCAGAAUUUGAAUUCUGCAGCAUGUUGUUAAUUAUAUAUAGAAAUUGUAAUUUUCUUGUAUAGAUUCUUGCAAAGUUAAAGAUGUAUUUGAUUUAUGUUUUAAUGAUCUUUGCGAUUAAUAAUAACGUAUAUUGAUUA